CGUUCUCUGUUCGGGUCGAUAUCGAGCUUAGGCAGCAUGAGCGUGAGCGCAGUGUUCCUGGUGGGCGUGGCAGCUGCAGUGGCACAGGCUGUCCCCGUAGAUCACGAAGGAAUGCUUUCUUCCCCAGAAAGGAAUCUUUCUAGGUCCGCCAUCCUCGAUAUGAUAUUUUCGAUCAGCAAUGGCUCCCAAGAUCUGAACCCCCUGAUGAUUCUCCAAAAUCUCGUUAGUGGAACCCAGCCCGUGAAUCCCUUGGAAAUUAUCCCAACUCUGAUCAGCAAUGGAUCCCAGCCGGUGAACCCCUUGGAAAUUAUCCCAACUCUGAUCGGUGGUGGAUCCCAGCCAAUAGGUCCUCUGGAGGUUUUAACAGGUGUUGUGGAAAUCAUGAGUCUACUGCGUAAUGGAUCCAUGCCCUCUCCGCGCGGUGCCCCCGUCAAUACCUCAACCCCAGGGAAUUCCACUGCAGACUAACAGGCGUUCUAUGGCAAACUACAGAACGGCUGAAA